GAAUGUUGCUAUGUCUCCGCGUUCUGAGGGCGAGCUCCGGGAAAGCGGGCAGCAUCCAAGCGUUUGUCAUCGCCCACAGCCAUAUGGACGUCGGCUGGGUUUAUACCGUGCAGUUUCUUCAUUAUCCUCCCAACCUUUAACGUAUUAAACUCACCCGGAGGAAAUGAAUGGAGGUGACUCAGAGUCCAAUUCGUCAGAGACCAUUCCAGUCGGGUGGCGAGUCCUGGAGGCAGGUUGCAGGCUGAAGCCCAGAGUGGGAGGCGAGCUCCGGUCUGCACCCUGGCACGUGAAGGCAGUCCAAACUUAGGCUGGCCUGCGGGAUGAGUUCUGGAGGAGAGCAUGCAUGCAUAUGCAGCGAACGUUUAUACAACCGUUGUGGAGGAGUUGAUAAAGGGGAAACAGCACAAGUUUAUUGUGGUGGAACAGGAAUUCUUCCGGCUAUGGUGGGACAAGGUGGCCACUGAUACCCAGAAAGAGCAGGUGCAUAAGUUGCUGGAUGAAGGACGUUUGGAGUUUAUCAUUGGCGGUCAGGUGAUGCAUGAUGAAGCUGUAACAGAACUCAGCUCACAGAUCUUACAGCUCACAGAAGGACAUGGUUUCCUGUAUGAGACAUUUGGAACAAGGCCUCAGUUUUCAUGGCACGUGGAUCCCUUUGGUGCCUCAGCCGCAACCCCCACAGUGUUUGCUUUGGCCGGAUUUAAUGCUCAUCUCAUCUCUCGCAUUGACUACGAUGAAAAGGAAAUGAUGCAGAGAAACAAGAAGCUCCAGUUUGUAUGGCAAGCGUCACCCUCUUUGGCCCAGCACCAGGAAAUCUUCACUCACACUAUGGACCAAUACAGUUACUGCGUCCCAUCCUUUCUGCCGUUCUCCAACAGAUCUGGCUUUUAUUGGAAUGGCAUUGCCGUUUUUCCUGACCCACCAAAAGAUGGAAUUUAUCCUAAUAUGAGCCUCCCAGUGACCAAUGAAACAAUUUGUGCUUACGCAAAGACAAUGGUAUCCAACAUAAAAGAGAGAGCAGCCUGGUUCCGAUCUAGCCAUGUUCUGUGGCCAUGGGGCUGUGACAAGCAGUUCUUCAAUGCCUCCGUCCAGUUUAAGAACAUGGAUCCACUGAUGGAUUAUAUCAACCAACAUAGAGAUGAAUUUGGAGUUACAGUUCAAUACGCCACAUUAAGUGAAUAUAUCCGUGCUGUUCACAGUGCGAACCUUACUUGGGACAUCCGAAAGAACCAGGAUUUUCUCCCAUACUCCUCUGAGCCAUUUCAGGCUUGGACUGGAUUUUACGCCUCUCGGAAUGUACUCAAAGGUCUGGCCCGGAGAGCAAAUUCUUUCCUGUAUGCUGGUGAAUCCCUUUUCACGUUGUACCUCUUGAGACACCCAUUAGGAUCUGUAGACAAAUUUUGGGCUCUGCAACAAAUUCAACAUCUGAGAUGGGCAGUAUCAGAGGUACAACAUCACGAUGCUGUAACUGGGACAGAAUCUCCAAAAGUGAGAGAUAUGUACGUGGAUCACCUAUUACAAGGGAUUUGGGCUGUGAAAUUAGUGAUGGCUGCUAUAUUCCAAGAAACCCAGAACUCUCCAAAGGAUAAAUUCGACUUUCCACUUCCCUCUACUCAGGACACCAGAAGUACAGAGGACCACCUUUUGCAGGUUACUGUCUACAAUCCUCUUGGAUGGAACAUCACCACAAUUAUCAACGUCUCUGUUGCCUAUUCAGUGGUCAGUGUUUAUGAUGAUUCAGGAAACACUGUGCCAUCACAGAUCCAGAAAUCAGUUUCUCAUAGCAUUUUCGACUUGUUUGUUCUUGUAAGACUAAAUGCACUCAGCUACCGAAGGUAUGUGGUCAAAAAUGAAAAGUUGACUUGUACCAAGGAAUCAGAUGGUCCGUGCUCAAAAAAUCCUACUUCGUUCAGAGGGAGAGUGCAAACAUAUGGCAGAAAACCAGUGAGCAAAUCAAAAAGUCAGGGGCGUAGACUACUUCGGUUGAUGAAUGACUGCUAUGUACUGAUGCUGAAUGAAGACACGAAUUUACUGUACAGCAUCACUGACAGAUCAUCCCAGAAGACUGUCAAGAUAAAGCAGGAGUUCUUGGAGUACUAUGCUAAUGGAGAUGUUAAACAGGGCCCAAUCUCCGAUAAUUAUGUAUUCACACCAAAAGGUUUGCCUAUGCUGGUGUCAAAAUCAAUUGGAAUGGAAAUAGUCACAGGAAAACUAGUAACUGAAAUCAGGCAGUACUUCUACAGUAACACUUCUGCUAAUGAACAGGAUUACCAAUAUGCAUUGUUCACAAGGAUCUAUCAUGUACUCAGUGGCUAUGAUGCGUCAAUGCUGUGCAAUAGAAUUGAGCAGGAGUAUAUUGUAGGACCAUUGGACCUGAACAGGGAAGCGAUCUUGACCAUGACUACAGAUAUGAAAACCGACAGGACCAUUUACACAGACAGUAAUGGCUACCAGAUGAUGAGAAGAGUGUACAAGUCGUACAGCAACAAUACUGUGGCUCGAAAUUACUACCCUCUUGUAAGGACUGCUUAUAUUGAAGAAAGUGACACAAGGCUUAUCAUAUUAUCUGAGAGAGCACAUGGCAUUUCCAGUCAAGCUGGUGGGCAAUUGGAGGUAAUGCUUCAUCGAAGAUUAUGGAACAACAAAGAAUGGAAUCUGGGCUACAACCUUACACUGAAUGACACCUCUGUAGUGCGGCCACUUCUCUGGCUAAUGUUGGGGUCAAAGUCAAAAACUUCAUCUUUAUAUCAAAGUGGGAUGGCACUCGAGUUCAGACCUGUUGUUAUGUAUGGCCCUGUCUCAGGGAAGAAUGCAUUUGUUCCGUCACACAGUUCACAGAGUGAUAGUUCAGUGAAUUCUGUCUUUCUCCCACCCAAUCUCCAUCUCCUAACGCUUUGCCUUCCUGGUUGGCGAUAUAAUUCAAAUCACACUGCACAUUUGCAAAAUAUUGUCCAAGGCAAGUCUAAACAAUCAAAGCCAGACUUUCGCCGUGUCCUACUGAGAAUUAUGCAUUUGUAUGAAGUUGGAGAAGACCCUGUUCUGUCCCAGCCUGUGACAGUCAACAUAAAGGAUCUGCUGAAGAUGUUGGGAACAGUAGUAUCUAUUGAAGAACGCUCACUCACAGGGAUCUGGGACAUUAACACACUCAAACGCUGGAGGUGGAAGACAACACAACAACACGAUAGAGAUCUUAAAAAUGGCAAAAGUUGGCUAACUAAAGACUUCAUCACAACUAUUCGACCCAAGGAGUUGAGAACUUUCUUUGUAUAUUUUAAACAGUAAGAAAACUGCAAAGAAAAUAUAAAUUUCUGAAAAACGUAUGACCUAUCACGCUGGUUCACAUGUCAAGUAGCAUCUUGUUCUCCUUGCUGGUUCAAAGAAAAAUAAACUAUCAGAUAAUAUCGCUGUCUAAUUUGGAGGAAAAUAGAAGAUAUAAUUUUGUGGCAAACAGAAGCAAAGUGAGGUGUGAAUGUACAAACCAACCUUUAAAGGCAAUGCAAGAGGGUUAAAGAAAAUGCAGCAGACUGAAACAUAGUGCAAGAAUUUGCGACUGAAAGCACGCCACUAACCGAUUCAACUUUUAGAUAACUGUACUUUUUAAAAUAAAAAUUGCUGGUCUGGGUUUUCUUAAAAAAAAAAUUCCUCUUUGGCAUGCAGCUGGACUACCAGAAGCUAACAGCGGAGCACCAGUUUCUCCUAAAGUUAUGAAUUUUUCAGUCACUAAGAUACCCCAGCCCAUAUUGUCUGGUAUUGUAAAGCAUGAUUUCAAUAGUUUUUGAAGAAUUUUUGAAUUCCUGAUUUGUUUGUCAAUACAAAUGCUUUAUUUGUACAUAAUUUCUAGUAUUGCAAUGUAAAGUAUUGGAUCCUACUACUCCUUUGUUGCCUCAAUGAGUGGAAAUAGAAUUAAAAUUUCAGAUCAGUAA